AUGGAAGACGGCGCUUCUUUCUUGUUCACCGGAACUAGCUUCAACAAAAAGAAGUACACCAGCGAGAUCGCCCGGUUUAAGGAGAAAAAAGAAACUGAAAACAAAUUCGAUUAUUUGAGCUCGUUCGAACGUGCAAAUCCAGAUUCGGAGGAAGCUACGGUUUCUACCAAAAAACGAAAGCGUAAACAAGGAGCUUCCGAAGCGGUGGAAGGAUUUAAUGUCUUUAAGAGUUCAAUAAAAGCAUCGGCUGAUUCGAUUCUGCGGAAAAAGUAUAAUAUUCAUGUCUCUGGGAAUAAUGUUGCGACUCCACUGAAGAGUUUUGCGGAGUUAAGCUCAGUAUAUGGAUGUGAGUCUUACUUAUUGCAGAAUUUUGCUAAACUUGAAUUUAAAGAGCCAACACCAAUUCAACGGCAGGCUAUCCCGAUUCUCUUCUAUCUGCUAAGCAGGCCGAGAAUGCUUUGCUUGUGCUCCAACUGGAUCUGGAAAAACCUUGGCUUUUGUAUCACCCAUGCUAAUGAAACUCAAGCUGCCCAGACAACCAGAGAGGGCAAAAAACUUGCAGAAUACAAUAAGUUUUAUAUCAAGUUAUUGACUAAAAAACUCAUAAGAAGUGGGGAUUUAUCAAAGCUGCACUGUGAUAUACUUAUAUCCACACCACUUCGCUUGCGUUCAGCUAUCAAGAAAAAGAAACUUGAUUUGAGCAGGGUUGAAUAUCUUGUCCUGGAUGAGUCUGCCAAACUGUUUGAGCUUGGCUUGAUAAAGCAGAUUGAUGCUGUGGUUAAAGCAUGUUCCAAUCCUUCAAUAAUAUGCUCAUUAUUUAGUGCUACUUUACCUGAUUCUGUUGAGGAACUUGCACGGACCAUAAUGCAUGAUGCUGUUCAAGUUAUUAUUGGCUGA